AUGAUGCAUACACUCUUUUCUUUUGUAACUGAAAAGUCAUUCCAAUAAAAGGAUUUGUUUAUUUCAAGAAGCAUCCUCAGUUUGCAAACAGCCUUCUAGUACACCCACUUCCUUCUUUAUAUCUCUUCACCACCAGGCACCAGCUGGUUCCAUCCCCACUGCCAUUCUUUUGUUUUUAUCUUACCAACAAGAACCCAUCUUUACUUUAUAAAGUCUCACCACAUUUCAGACUUUAUUGCAUUCUCAAUCUCAACCUCAACCUCCUAUUCUCUCUCUGAGUUCCUCUUUUGGUGAGAGGAAUUUGGAGAGUCUGUCACCAUACAAAAAUUACUAUUAAGUUUUUGGACAAAAUGGAACUUCCUGUGGUUUUCAUGCUACUGCUUCUGUGUUCUUCAGCAGCAUAUGCGAAAACUUCUAAAUCUCCCAUCUUAAGCCCUACUCCAGCCCCAGCACCAGCACCGGAAUACGUGAACCUCACAGCUUUACUCACUGUGGCUGGCCCAUUCCACACCUUCCUUAACUACCUUGAGUCCACCAAAGUGCUUGAGACCUUUCAAGACCAAGCCAACAAGACUGAGGAAGGCAUAACUAUCUUUGUACCAACAGAUAGUGCCUUCUCAUCUCUUAAGAAGCCUUCUCUUUCCAAUCUCACAGCUGACCAGCUCAAGUCACUCAUCCUAUUCCACGCCUUGCCGCAUUACUAUUCUUUAUCUGACUUCAAAAACCUCAGCCAAUCAAGCCCCAUACCUACAUUUGCUGGUGGACAAUACACUUUGAACUUCACUGAUGUUUCAGGCACCGUGCACCUUAGCUCAGGAUGGACAGACACAAAAGUGAGCAGCAGUGUGCUUUCCACUGAUCCUGUUGCAAUUUACCAAGUUAACAAGGUUCUUCUUCCUGAGGCAAUCUUUGGCACUGACAUACCUCCAACCCCAGCUCCUGCACCGGCUCCCGAAACUGCACCAGCUGCAGAUGCUCCAACAGCUGAUGGACUUAAUGGCUUAUCAUCUCCAGGAUCUUCACCAGGAAAAUCCUCUUCUUACAGGAUUAUCAGCUGGGGUAUUUGGGGUCACUUUGUUUUGGCAGUCUCAGCUGUGCUGGUCUUGUUCUUGUGAGACAGACUUCACCAUUGAAAUCCCUUUAAGUUAUGUUAAAAGGGCUUAUAUUCGCUUAUUUUGUUCAAUUGCUUUGAUUUUGAAACCAUUUUUUGUGGACAUAUGUGGGUACUGAAUCUUUACGUGUAUGAGAAUUUGAGUUCUGUUGUCUAAAUGAGUAAAUGGCAAUUUGUUUGACCUAUUGUUUA